UCCUGCUGCUCUACCAUGCGCCACGCGGCCCGUGCGACUCGCCGGACCUCCCGGGCGUCCCUGCACCGAUGCCUUGGCCUCUCCUAGCAGCAUCGCCCCCUUUCUCAGUUCCCGAGCGGGCUGCUGCGCCCCACUCGCCGAGGAGCUGCGCUCACCGCAGGGGCGGGCCCCCGCCUGUGUUCGCCGCGCCAGAUCCUGUCCAGGAUCUCACCUUGCAUUUAGUUGUCAUGUCUCCGUAGUUGCUCCCAAUCUUGGACAGUUCCUCAGUCUGACCCUGCCCUUGUGCUCUUGACACUUUUGAAGAGUAUUGGCAGAAGACUGAUCUUGGAAAAUAUGUAUUUGGGAGACAGUCACGUUCUGUUGAAUACCUUGUGCUGGUGCUGCCAUAGGAAAAUCUGGUUACACUCCGGGGACGCCUGCUGCCACUGCAGGACUGCACCACCUCGGCCCUGAGAUGAGUGUCCGGCCUGAGCGGACACACCAUGAAUAGAUACACAACGAUCAAGCAGCUCGGGGAUGGAACCUACGGUUCCGUCCUGCUGGGAAGAAGCAUCGAGUCUGGGGAACUGAUUGCUAUUAAAAAAAUGAAAAGGAAGUUUUAUUCCUGGGAGGAAUGCAUGAACCUUCGAGAGGUUAAGUCUUUAAAGAAGCUCAACCAUGCCAAUAUAGUGAAAUUAAAAGAAGUUAUCAGGGAGAAUGAUCAUCUGUAUUUUAUCUUUGAGUACAUGAAGGAAAAUCUUUACCAGCUCAUUAAAGAAAGAAAUAAGUUGUUUCCUGAGUCUGCUAUAAGGAAUAUCAUGUUUCAGAUACUACAAGGACUGGCAUUUAUUCACAAACACGGCUUCUUCCAUCGGGACCUAAAGCCUGAGAACCUCCUCUGCAUGGGGCCGGAACUUGUGAAAAUUGCAGACUUUGGAUUGGCCCGAGAGAUCCGAUCACGGCCUCCGUACACAGAUUAUGUGUCUACUAGAUGGUACAGGGCUCCGGAGGUGCUGCUGAGGUCCACCAACUACAGCUCCCCCAUUGACGUCUGGGCCGUGGGCUGCAUCAUGGCAGAAGUGUACACCCUCAGGCCACUCUUCCCGGGGGCCAGUGAGAUUGACACCAUCUUCAAAAUUUGCCAAGUAUUGGGGACCCCGAAAAAGACUGACUGGCCUGAAGGCUACCAACUGUCAACUGCUAUGAACUUCCGCUGGCCCCAGUGCGUUCCCAAUAACUUAAAGACCCUGAUUCCAAACGCCAGCAGCGAAGCCGUUCAGCUCCUGAGAGACAUGCUCCAGUGGGACCCCAAGAAGCGACCCACGGCCAGUCAGGCGCUUCGAUAUCCAUACUUCCAUAUUGGGCACCCUCUGGGCAGCACCUCACAGAGUCUUCUGGAUUCAGGAAAACCACAGAAGGACAGCUUGGAAAAGGCAGCCCUACCGCCUCACAUUAAGCCUGUCCCUCCUGCCCAACCCCCAACCAAGCCACACACGCGGAUUUCUUCGAGACAGCAUCAAGCCAGCCAGCCCCCUCAGCAUCUCACGUACCCCUACAAAGCAGAGGCCUCCAGGACAGACCACCUGAGCCAUCUUCUGGAGGACAAGCCAAGCCCCUUGCUCUUCCCGUCCCUCCACGCCAAGAACCCUCCGGUGAAAACCCUAGCUGGGCUGGAGCACAAAAACGGUGAGAUCAAGCCAAAGAGUAGGAGAAGGUGGGGGCUUGUUUCCAGGUCAACAAAGGAUUCCGAUGACUGGGCUGACUUGGAUGACUUGGAUUUCAGUCCAUCCCUCACCAGGAUGGACCUGAAAAACAAGAAGAGACAGAGUGAUGAGACUCUCUGCAGAUUUGAGAGUGUUUUGGACCUGAAACCCUCUGAGCCUGUGGGGACCGGAAACAGCGCCCCUACCCAGACUUCGUAUCAGAGGCGAGACACGCCGACCCUGAGAUCCGUGGCCAAGCAGCACUACCUGAAGCACUCCCGAUACUUGCCUGGAAUAAAUAUAAGAAAUGGCAUCCUUCCGACUCCAGGCAAGGAUUUUAUUCCAUCUAACCCAUGGUCCAGCUCCGGUUUGUCUGGAAAGUCUUCAGGGACGGUGUCAGUCAUCAGCAAGAUAAAUUCGGUCGGUUCUGGUUCUACAAGUUCAAGCGGACUGACUGGAAACUACAUCCCUUCCUUUCUGAAAAAAGAAGUUGGUUCUGCUGUGCAGAGGGUACACUUGGCACCCAUCCCUGACCCUUCCCCUGGUUAUUCUUCCCUGAAGGCUGUGAGACCUCAUCCCGGACGACCUUUUUUCCACACCCAGCCUAGAAGUACUCCUGGGUUGAUCCCGCAGCCUCCGGCUGCCCAGCCCGUGCACGGCCGGACGGACUGGGCUUCCAAGUACGCAUCUCGGCGAUGACGGGCAGGAAGCCCCCGCAGGGGACGGCAGGACGCUGUCCCCCCGCCAGCCGCGGUUCUUCCCGCAAGAGACUUGGGACGGUGUAAAAGCAAACACUUUGUAGUUAUUCUUCUGAACUAAGACAUUUCAAUAUUCUUUUUAAAAGUUUUUUUUUUUUUU